UGGAUCACCCAGAAAAUGCUGCUGGUAUUUUAUUCAGUGCUGAUGCUCGGAGUGGGGCGUUGCACAGACGAUCAGAUGUUUGAGACAAUGACUGUUGAUUUUGGACAAAAUGUGACUCUGACCUGUGACCGGCAGACAUCUUGGACUUCAACACAAUUAUUUUGGAUGAGGCUCAUUUCUGGAAACUUGCCUGAAUUCUUGGGAGGAACAGUUACCAUUGACUUUAAUGGUGUGACGACGACUGGUCACAUUACAUCCAAACAAGGGCCUGGAACAUUUAUUCUGCAUAUCAGUCAAGCAAAGCUAAGUGAUACUGGAGUUUACUUCUGUGUAAAAGUAAAACAAGUUGACAUGACAGUUCUGAAGGGAACAUUUCUAAGAAUCAAAGGACCAGAACCUGAUACCAUCGCCGUCGUUCAAGUCCCUCCAUCUGAUCGGGUCCGUCCAGGAGACCCAGUGACUCUGCAGUGUUCAGUCCUCUCUGACUCUGAGAAGAAAACAUGUCCAGGAGGACUCGGCGUGUACUGGUUCAGAGCCGGAUCCCAUGAAUCUCAUCCCAGUGUCAUUUACGCUCCUGGAAACAGUGGUGAUGAAUGUGAGGAGAGUCCUGAGGCUCGCUCUCCACACAAAUGUGUCUACAACUUCUUCAAGGACGACAUCAGCUCCUCUGAUGCUGGGACUUAUUACUGUGCUGUGGCCACAUGUGGACAGAUGUUAUUUGGAAAUGGAACAAAACUGGACGUUGAAGAUUCGCAAGACAGUGGAGUUCUGUUUCUCUUAUAUGCUGCUUUGGCUUUAAGUCUGACUGUCAUUUUCUUCCUGAUUUACACCAUCAAGAGAAAAUCUUGUGGUUGUUGCAACGCGGCCGUCGUUCUGGAAACAAAUGCUGCAACCUCCAGCGGACCUCAGCGAAGUGAGCAGAGAGAUAACGACUCGUUGGUUUAUGCUGCACCAACGUUCACCCAGAAGAGAGCUCACAAAGCAGAGAGACGGAUCGUAAAAACAACAGAGCAAGAGACAGUCUACUCUGGUGUCAGGAAUAACCAUCGAUUUGCCAAUUAAAGCUAAUACAACUCCUAGAAGUGUAGGAUUUAGCAUAUUAUAUAAUUUGCAAAUUUGUUUUAUCCUGUGAUUUUGUAAAACUCGAUUAUAGUGAUGGGAAAAAUAUCCACAUUUAAUAGUUUCAACAGCUUUUGGUGAUUUCCUACAACAUCGUGUAUCUCUUGUCUAUUAAGGCCUCAUUUAUUUUUGUGCAUUUUGUGCUUCAAGUCUUUUUCAUGCUGCGACUCAAACAGACUCUUUGAAAGAUUGAACUCGAAAGCGGUUUCUGAUCCGUCUCUUUUGUCUGAUGUGCAAUUUUAAGGAUCUUAACGUCUAUAUCAAUGUAUCAAUGCAAUGCAAAAAUAAUUGCAGUAAUAGCAUAGUAUGUUAAUAAUAGCAGUAAAUGAAAUUGUUUGUGUACAUGUGUUGCUUUGGUUCUUAAAAGGCAAUCUUAGAUUGUAAAAAAAGGAUACCAAGUUUAUAAUUAAAUUCAAUAUAAAACUAAAAACCUGUUUACUUGAUUGUAAUAUGCACAAUUUUCAGUUUCUGUGCUUCUCAUCACGGCUUCAUUGUUUGUUUCAUGUUCAAUGCGAUAAUCAUGGUUUAUUUAUUUUAAAAAUAAUUCAAAUUAAAGUUUAAUCAUUGCUGGAUGCAACCUCGACAAGCAACUGAGACUGAAUGAUCUUGUUUAAUUUUUAAGACACAACAAACUAAAGGCUCAAUUCGCAAAAUAUUUUUUAUUUUGUUUUAUUUUCUUCCUUAUUUAAAUUUUUUUUAAUGCUGA